AAAAAUAUUAAAAAGUUUUAUUUUUAUGCUUUGUUAUUGUCCUAUAAGUGAUCCUGGUAAAGGGAUUGCAUCAAUUUUAAGUUUUGGAGAAAUUAAAAUUCUUUUGGAUCCGGGUUCAGACGAUCUUCUUUCAGAGUUUGUAGUGCUUGAUUUUGUGCCAGAUUUGAUUCUCUUUUCUCAUUCAGAUAUAUUUCAUUUAGGAUCUUUUGUUCAUGGCUUUAAAAAUUGUGGGUGGCAUAAUGUACCAGUAUAUGCAACACUUCCGAUUUUUAAUAUGGGUCGAGUAACAAUGACUGAUUGUUACAAAAACCUUUUGGAUAAUAGUAUAUGCAAAGAGGAUAUUGAUGAAGCUUUUGACUCUAUAAUUACAUUACGUUAUUCUCAACCAACGUCUCUUUCGGGAAAAUUAGAUGGUAUCUCUAUUACAGCUUAUAAUUCUGGCCAUUCUCUUGGUGGGACUAUCUGGAAAAUUACAAAAGAUUCUGAAAAUAUUGUCUACUGUGUUGAUUGGAAUCAUUCUAAAGAUAGUCAUCUUAAUGGGAGUAUCCUUUAUUCUAAUGGUGUUGUAUUAGAUGCUUUAAGUAGACCUACAACUCUUAUAACAGAUGCGAUAAAUUCUAACGUUUUUAUUCCUUCACGUAAAAAAAGAGUAGAAGCUUUUUUUGAUUCUAUUAGAAUUACGCUUAUACAGCUCGGAAAUGUAUUAAUUCCGACUGAUGCAGCAACACGUUCUCUUGAAUUUUGUUGGAUUUUAGAACGUUAUUGGCAACAACACAAUCUUCAAUAUCCUAUUUAUUUUCUUACUCAUGGUGGAAGUAAAGUAAUAUCAUAUGCUCAAAGCAUGAUGGAAUGGAUGAGUGAUUCUAUUAUUAGUGAAUAUGGAUCGAAUGGAAAUGUAUUUGAAUUUGCACAUAUUAAAAUUAUUUCUAAUGAGCAUGAACUUUCCACUAUGGUAUCUGGCCCUAAAGUUAUUUUAGCAACUAGUGCAAAUAUGGAUUGUGGAUUUUCUCAAAAAAUAUUUCUUGAUAAUAUUGCAAGUGAUUCAAAAAAUUUAGUUAUUCUUUCUCAAAAAUCUAUAUAUUAUGAAAAUUCUUUAUCAAAAGAUCUUAUGGAUCGUUGGAAUCUUGUUACAAAAAAUUAUAAUCAAUCUAUAGCUUCAUCAGUUGUUUUAAAUUUUAGCAGAAGUGUUACUAUUCGUACUUUGGUACCAUUAGUAGGUGAUGAAUUAGAAAAAUUUCAAGAAAAAGAAAAACUUUCUCGAGAAAAAAAAAGCAACUGA